UUUGGCUCUGUUUUUGUUCUCCACCAACUGUUUAGCAGCUAAAUGAUCCACUAUGUUCACCAGCUGGAUGCUAACUGUGUCUGCCAGCCAUUUGGUGCUUACCCACUCAGUUUGGAGGAGCGUUGUUUCCCUGAAAACAGCUGCCUGCUGGAAACGGUGCAGAUAAGAGUGCUGAUGCUGAACCAGAACAACAAAGCUGCAGUUGUAAAACCGAAACAAUUAGCUAAAAGAUGCUAAAAUGAACUGUAUAAUGGGGAAGUCAGUUUAACACUUUUUGCAUUUGCAUCACUACAAGCCCCUUACCUUUACUUUCACUUUACAUGUAGUCAUGUUAAUAAUUUUUGGUAUAAAAUUUUUGGUUAGUGCAGCUUUCAUUUGAUAUCUGGUGCUGUUUUUUUGAGCUUCUUUGCAAGUAAGUGAAACAUGUUUUUCUCCUGGAAGCCUAUAAACUAUAUAAAUAUAUUACAAAUGGAAGUUAUAGUCUGUAAGAGAUGGAUCUGCAGCACUUUCAUGAUUUGGUUUUCAGGAUUAAAAGGUUAGGGCACCUUGGUACGACCAGCUGCCAAACAACUGAGGUAUCAUCAUUCAGCUACAGUUGGCUACUUAUUGUGUAGCUGGCCAUAAUGCAUACGCAAACAUUAGGGUUGGUGGCGAUGAUGCUGCACCCUCCUUCCACACCUUCCUCUCUCCUCUCCUCCUCCUGGCAGCACCCACUCCGUGUGCCGGCUGCUGUUGUAUUUACUCUCAGGACGACCCCUCCCACAGCAGCGUGCAGCCCGACCUGCAGGUGAACAGUUCAGCCGCAGACUUUCCCCCCCCCCGCGUCCACCCCUCGCCGAGGCUGGAGACGAUGCGCCUCGCUCCCAAAAGCAUCCAAGUUGCCGUUGGGUUUUCAAAGGGACUCGCAGACGGGACGCGCUCCUGUUUCGCGUCCGGAGAACGCGCGACGCGUGGAUGGAUGUGAAGGCGAAGGCAGACGAGGUGACGGCGUGAGCAGGCAGCGGUGUGGGCGGAAAGCUCGUAGUAGCACAGAGGCUUGUAAACCUGACAUGUUUACACCCAGUGAGAAAGUAACCUGAGAGCCCAUCCUGAGGGAACACCAGGAUGAGUCCCGCCGCGUCACAGCUUUUAGGCAGGAGCAACGUUGGAGGCGGCGGUUGCAACCCUGCCGCUGCAGCCCUGCUGCUCUCCCUCUGUCUUGGCUUCCCUCCCUCUGUGGCCACUUGCCCACCCCACUGUCUUUGUGCCAGUGAUAUAAUUUCCUGCAGCGGGCGCAAUCUGUCCGCGCUGCCCCUUGAUCUCCCAAGUUAUGCCACACGCUUGGACCUGAGCCACAACGCCCUCACCGUCCUGUGUGUGGACUGGAUUUCCCAACCGUUUGAUCGGCUCGCCACGCUGGUCCUCAGCAGAAACUCCAUCAGCCGAGUUGAUGUGAAUGCCUUCGCUGUGACGCCGCAUCUCCUCCACCUGGACCUCUCCUCCAACAGACUGACGGUGCUGAACUCGUCCGUCUUCACUGGGUUGAAGGAACUGAAGGAGCUGCUGCUGUUUGGCAACCAGAUCAUCCAGAUUAACCCAGGGGCCCUCAGUGACCUUCCCAGCCUGCAGAGGCUUUACCUUUCAGGGAACAGACUGAUGGAUUUCCCCCUGGGGCUUUAUUGGGAACCUGGAGGUCCUCGCAAUCUGACCUUUCUUGAUCUGUCCUACAACAGGAUCUCCAGGGUUCCCGUCCAGAACUUGCUCUCUCUAGCCCAGAAAGGUGGAAUUUAUUUGCAGGAAAACCCUCUGGUCUGCGACUGUGCAUUACUCGCCUUGCUGGAGUACUGGAUGUGGAAGCAGUAUCGCCCCCUGGUGGACUUCAGAGGUGAAUACCCUUGUAGGGACGAUUCAGGACCAGGGUCUGAAUGUAGCCAGCAGGUAGCAUCAAGUAUGCCCCUUGAGGAACAGACUUACCAAGUAGAGCCUGGUAAAUGGCUUCAAGUGCCGUGUCCAGGGUUGGCUCCUCCAGCCACGGCUAGCCCAGAGGUGUUCUGGGUCACUCCCAGGACUGUGGUGAAUUCAUCUACCAGUGAUCCCAACUCCAACCUUACAGUUUUCACCAACGGCACCCUCGAAAUCCGAUCGGCCCUGAUGGAGGACUCUGGUAUGUAUGGUUGUGUGACAGCCCGAGGGUACCACCAUCACCCCAGCGAACCCCUGGAGGUCAGAGUCGUGGUCGGAAACUCGAGCACUACCUCCACCAGCGGCUUGGCGCACCGCAGCAGUGCGGAGCAUUUCAACACAGCGUUCACCACCCUGGCUUCCUGUGUGGUCAGCAUCAUACUGGUGCUGCUCUACCUCUACCUCACCCCCUGUCGAUGCCGGGAAGGCCGGAGCGGUGGGGCAAGAGGCUGCGGAGGACGAGCCAUCCUCCUCUGUUCGGACCCGAGAGAGGUGGAGUCCGGACAGCGGCGGUCUAACGGAAAGAGGGUGGCUUUCUUGGAGCCUCAGGCAGAGGACUCGGAUAUCGGUGUCCCAAAAACACCAGCAGUAAACUCGGGUCAUGCUACCACCGAGGGAAUCCUCAAGAAUGGAAGCAGGACAGUGGGACAGACCCUCACAGACCCCGCUCACAUGGCAUAGCAAGAACACCAUGUUUUUGAGCAUUACCGUAGUCUCAUAGUCUGAACCCAAGUGUUUUUUUGUUUUUCUUUUCUUCACUGUCUUGUUUCAGUGCACAAUGAAAAAAUCCAUUUGAUGUGAAGUAGUGUACUGUGAUUCUUGUGAAGUAGCUAUACACUGUAGGGUUUGACUGUUUGGUCUGAAGCAGAAAACGCAGCCUGUUUGCUGUCAGAAUUUCAAGUACGUCUCAACUGUAAGUGCUGUCUGUUUUUUACAUUAAGAGUUAAUAUGGAAAUUUCCCUGUUUCCAUUUCAUCGUGGGAAAUUGUUGCUGCAGAGAUCACAGAGAUCACAUAAAUGUGGGUGUUGUUUUAAAUUGGCCUGCGGGGAGUAUUCACACAUGACUUGAUAAGCUGCUAUAGAAACAUUGAUGGUUGUUAUACCGUAUCUGCAUUGUGAAUUUUGCCAUAACAGUGACUCUUGUUAGUUUUAACCAUCUGUCUCUCCACCGUGGAAGCGUACCAUUUUCCAAAACAGUGUCAGUGAAAUGAUCUGAACUUGUUGCUGUUUUCCAGAUCUUGCUUGUGUCAGCCAGACACCCCUCCCUUCGGAUUGUGUUCAUCACAUCUAACCAUGUGAACGUGGCUUUAUUAAAAGCAAAGACACAAUACAAAGUGAGACCAAGGGUAGCUCAUUGUGUUGCUGUCGGGUGGAAAUCUUUAAAAAGCUAAACUUUGCAAGAAGAAAUACAGCCUUGUGUUUAGUCUGCGAAAAAUGCAUUUUAUGCUCUCGAAUAUGGUUAAAUGCGCUUAACACUCUGAUUUCAAGAAUACUAUUUUUCCCUCACCGAUAAUAUAUAGCCAUGCAAAGAGUUUUAGUACUACAUGGACAUCAUCCUUAAUUUAAAGAAAUUUAAAUCCGACAAAGAGAAGAGAAAGAUCCUCCUUGACUGAUUUUGACUGACUAAACAAACUGAAUAAACGGACUCUCUUUGUUUUCACGACUGAAUAAACUGAA